AUGGCGGUGGUGAUCGGCGACAAUGACCUGCUCCGGGAGAUCCUGCUCCGCCUCGGCUUCCCGGCUUUCCUCGUUCACGCCGCCCUCGUCUCCAAGCGAUGGCUCCGCAUCGCCGCCGACCGCGUCUUCCUCCGACGAUUCCGCGACCGUCACCCUCCCCGCGUCCUCGGCUUCUACGUCAACGACUGCUCCACCUUGCGCGCGGUGUUUGUGAGCGUCUCGGAAGCCCGGGAGCUCCGCUAUGCCGUGAAUCGCGCCGGCUUCAACCACUGCAAUCAAUCUGUAAGAAUCACCGACAGCCGGAACGGCCGCCUCCUACUCAUGCCCCGGUCAUUCGGGUGCGGCGGAUACACCAUGUUCAGCCCGCUGUGCCCGGCACGGGGGUUGCUCCCUAUCCGACUACCGCCGGAGCUAUUACACAUUGGCAGGUUAGGUCCGCUGGACUACAGUAGUCAAUGUCUCUACUUGUUAUUUAGGGACAACGACAACGACUUAGUCUUAGUGUCUGUGCGUCUCAGCGGACGAAAGUUAUCGGCCCGAGUGUAUGUCGGGCAAUCUGAUGCCUGGGGUGAAGCCAUUUUGGCUGAAGGAGAGCUCCCUGUGCCAUUAAAUUUUGCUCACUCAAUGAUGAUUGUCAAUGACAAGCUCUACAUUGUGCUCGACAAUUGCUACAUUUGUCAGUUGGAUUUUGUUGCUCCAGAUCCAGAACUCUUUGUCGUCAAAGUCCCGGACAAAGUCGGUGCGGACUUCAAGCUCUCACAUGGAGAUGAUUAUGGGCUUUUUCUCAUCCACAAAGACGAGUUCCAUCUCAGUGUCUGGAACCACAAGAUGGACGACAACGGCGAAGAAAGGUGGGAGCUGGUUGACAGGUGGAGGGUGUUCGCGCUGGGGAACAAUUCUAUUUGUUUCAUCUACACUAGCUAG